AUGUCGGACCCAAUCAUGGAGAAGAAGCAAGCGGAGCAUGUGGAGCACGUGGAAGAUUUGGAUGAAGAGAAGCUGAAGCAAAAGCACGGAAAGCAAGACUAUUCCGGUGCUACUGAGAAGACAGAUCCAGUGGAGAUUGCCUUGGUCAGGAAGCUGGACCGUUGGAUCAUGCCUAUGCUUUGGUCGAUGUACUGGCUCAACUACCUCGAUCGAAAUGCAAUCGCACUUGCCCGGCUCAACAACUUGGAGGAGGACCUUGGCCUUACUGGAACCCAAUACCAGACCUGCGUCAGCAUCCUUUUCGUCGGCUACCUACUUGGUCAGGUUCCCAGCAACAUGUUCCUAACGCGGACUCGCCCUUCGUGGUACAUGGGGUGUUGCAUGAUGCUUUGGGCCGUCGUCUCGGCUUUGACGGCCUUGUCAAAGGACUUCAAGGGCUUGCUCCUCACCAGGUUCUUCCUUGGUGUCACAGAAGCCCCUUAUUACCCCGGCGCUCUCUACAUGCUCAGCAUCUUCUACACCCGCAAGGAGAUUGCCACCCGCAUCAGCAUCCUCUAUACCGGCAACAUCUUGGCCACCGCUUUCGCCGGCCUGAUCGCUGCCGGCAUCUUCCACGGAAUGGACGAUCUGGGCGGCAUCUCCGGCUGGCGCUGGUUGUUCAUCUUGCAGGGCAUCGUCACCUUCGUCAUCGCCGUCGCUGGCUGUUUUAUCCUCCCCGACUUCCCACACAACACCAAGUGGCUCACCCCCGACGAAAGACAGCUCGCCACGGCCCGGAUCGAGCGGGACACGGUUGGCCUGAAGGGCAAGGGCAGCCCUUGGGAUGGCUUCAUGCAGGCGGCCAAGGACCCCAAAGUCUGGCUGUUCGCCUUCAUGCAGCACCAGCACCUAGCCGCCAACGGCUUCAAGAACUUCUUCCCCACCGUCGUCGAAACCCUCGGCUUCAACACGACCAUCACGCUCGUGCUGACCUGCCCGCCCUACGUCAUCGCGGGCGCCAUCUCCAUCGCCGUGUCGUGGUCGUCGGGCCGGUUCAACGAGCGGACCUGGCACAUCACCUGCUCCAAGCUGGUCGCCAUCCUGGGCUUCGCGCUGGGCGCCGCCACCAUGAACAUGGGCGCGCGCUACUUCGCCAUGGUCGUCUUCGCCUCGGGCACCUACGGCGUCAACUCCAUCAUCCUCGGCUGGGUCGGCGCCACCUGCGGCCAGACGCCCGAGAAGAAGGCCGUCGCGCUGAGCAUCGUGAACACCGUGGCGAACAUAUCCUUCAUCUGGACUCCGUAUCUGUGGUAUGACGAAGACGCGCCGCGCUACGUCGUCGCCAUGGGAUCUAGCGCUGGCUUCAGUUUCCUGUGCUUCGUCUGCGCGUGGAUCAUGAGGCUCGCCCUUAAGCGCAAGAACAAGAAGAUGAGGCAGUCCCAGGACGAGACGACGCUCUUCUACGCCUACUAA